AUGACUCACGAGCACUUGAUCGGCGAUUGUAUCUUCUGCAAGAUUAUCAGGGGUGAGAUUCCAUCGCUCAAGGUUGCCGAGACCGAAAAGAGCUACUGCUUCCUUGAUAUCAAUCCCAUCAGUGAGGGUCAUCUUCUCGUUAUCCCCAAGUAUCAUGGCGAGUUUUUCCAUCAGAUCCCCGAUGAUUAUUUAGCCGAUAUCCUUCCCCUUGCCAGAAAGGCUGCCAUUGCCAAUGGUCUUGAAGACGGCCAGUAUAACCUUCUUCAGAACAAUGGUCCUAUGGCUCAUCAGGUCGUUCCUCAUGUCCAUUUCCAUAUCAUCCCCAAGCCAAACAAGGAAGAAGGCCUCACUGUCGGCUGGUCCCAGCUAAAGGUGUCCCAAGAUCAACUUAAAGAGACCCAUGCACGUAUCAUUCAAAAGCUCUAA